UUCCUUCUUUCCUCCCCUCUCUCCCUCCGGAGUCCGGACCCUCUCUUCGUCUUCUUCUUCUCUUUCAUAUCUCACAUGUUUCUAUUGCCUACCAAUUUGAGUUCCAUAGAUCGGCGAAGAAGAUCAGAGUUUAGGGUUCUGGAAAUCAUCCAAUUUCGGUUUAAGUAUCUUUUCGAUUAUUAUAGGAAUACAUAACAAUUUGUUUGGUUGGUAAGGAGAAGGUUCGAUCUUUGAUCCGUUCACCUGAAUUAGCUUGCUGGGUCUUUCUGGGUUUUCAAAUUUGGGUUAUGGAGCUUCUUGGUUUCGAGAAGAAUUACGUUUAAGAGGCUUUUAAAAUCAAAAUAGCCUUCUUCUUCUUCUUCUUAUUUCAUCGUAAUUUCUCGGAUGAUUUCUCUGGGGAGUAGAGAUGAUAUGAAGCGGUUACCAUUAGGAUACGGAGCUGAAGAAGAAGAAGAAGAUAUGGGCAUUACUGAACUUGAAGAAGGAGAGGCUUUUUCAUCUCAUGAAAACAAUAAUGAUUUGUCCAUUGACCCUGAUACUCUCUCAUAUAUCGAUAAGAAACUUGAACAUGUUCUCGGACACUUCCAGAAGGACUUUGAAGGUGGAGUCUCCGCUGAGAACUUGGGGGCAAAAUAUGGUGGGUAUGGCUCUUUUUUGCCUACAUAUCAACGCUCUCCCGUCUGGUCUCAAUCGAGGCCUCCAUCAAAAGUUCAGAACAGUGGCAACCAUGGGUCAGUAAAUAUUAAUCAUAAUGAGAAGACUUCUCAGAGUAAUUUGGUCAAUGAAGACAUAGGCAUGCGAUUCUCAAGUUGUGUCGUAGAAUCUGCUCCAAGGCUUGGGCUUGUUAACAACUCCGCUCACUCAUCUGAUCAGAAACCUUUGAGAGUUCGAAUUAAAGUAGGAUCUGAUACUGUUCCCCCGAAGAAAAAUAUUGAACUGUACAGUGGUCUUGGCCUCGAUGUCUCUCCGGCUUCAUCACUUAAUGGUAGUCCAACAAAAAGCGAGGGUUUAUCUUGUCAACCCAAAGAUGGCCCCGAUGUCUCACCUAGUACCAUUGUUCAGAUGAUGACAGCAUUUCCACUUCUUGACGGCUUAGUAUUAUCUCCACUUCCCAAUCACUUGAUUUGUUUGACUGAAAAGGAGAAGUUUCGGAGAGAAAAAAGUAUGCAUCGAUCUGUGCAGAAAGGUGUAAAAGAAAAUUCAAAGGGCUGCCAUUCUAUUAUGGGUGAUGUCAAAGGUUUAGGGGGAUUUAAAGUAAAAUCAUCCAACAGUGACACUUUUUCUGUAGAAUCAAAAUAUCAUCUGGGCAAGGAUGUUGAAAAUUACAGUCAAGGUCCAUUGAUGAAAGAGGAACUUGUUGGUAAUACAUUGAAGCUUCCACUUUUGUCUAGGUCAGUUGACUAUGGGAAGGGUACUGCAAAACUUGAUGGCAUCUCUAGAGUAGGAAAUAAUAUAAAGGAAGAAUGCUUAUUAGCUGAUCUAGUCAAAGAAGAAGCUGAUGCACAUGGUAAUGCCUUGAUUAAACCAAGAAAAGGAAGAAAUGUCAAAGAAGAAAAGUUGGUUAGUUCUACAAAAUCUAGCACACAUUCUCAAAAUGGAAGGAAAACGCAGACCGAUGAAGUCAUGGGUUCUUCGAAUUGGAAAGCUGGCCAAGAAGCUUUAUCUCAUGAAGAAUACAAUACAGAAUUGACAACUGCAAAACAAACAUCUUCAGUCGGCAAUAAGAAACCAAAAAGUAAGCAUGUUGUGCAAGGUGCAAAAGUUCCUAAAGACAACUCUAAUGCGAAUGGGAAUUUCUCUAAAACCAAGAUUGGAGAAUCUAGGUUACUGGAUCAACAAAAAGGGAAUGAUAUAUACACUGAUUUUUUUGGAGACAGACAGUUGGGAGAUGAAUAUAAUGAUGUAGAGUCAGUUGGAACACCUUCACCUCUGGUGCCAAUGAACAAUGAGCUUUCUGGAAAAAACACAUUAAAUGAUUGUACCUCAAAAGGGAGGAUGAUGAUGAAUGUAGAGAAAAUGGAAAAAGCACCAAGAUUUGAUGCUCCUUCAAAAGGGGUGUCUGAUUUGCCUCCACCUUCUGGGAAUGGGCUCGUUGGUGAUGCAGACAACUGGGUAGGUUGCGACAAGUGUCAGAAGUGGCGGUUACUUCCGCCUGGUACAAAUCCAGAGUCUCUUCCUGAGAAGUGGUUGUGCAGCAUGCUUGAUUGGCUGCCUGGCUUGAACCGAUGUAGUGUUAGUGAAGAGGACUCAACAAAAGCUUUAAUUGCCCGUUACCAACCUCACCCUUCCAAUGGUCAAACAAUUCAGGCUGGUCAAUCUACUGUUUCUAUGUCUGGCCCAAACUUGAGCAGUGCUGGUCGGGCUGAUCAGAGCCGUGAAAAUCGAGAACUUCCUUCUGUGCCUUGUGUAGGAAAGAAGAAACCUGCAAUGAAAGAAAUAUCAAAUUCAAUGAACCUAAGUAACAGUGAGCAGUUACUUAAUUCUUCUAAGAAGAAUAUUCAGGCAUCCACACAAAGCGGAAGCUUAAAUGAGGUAGUCCAGAUUUUUCCUGCAGCUGAUGAUCUUUCUCAUUCAACCAAGCAUGACACCAUAGAGAAGUACAAAAACAAUUACAAAGAGAAAGAGAAAAAUAAGCAAAUUGAGUAUAGUUCUGAAGGAGGUGAAAUGAGGAGCUCUAAGACAAAAAACAAAAGAGGCCCUGACCGUUAUGAUCAAGAGGAAGAUUUUUCAAGAGGUGCUAAGAGAACUAAAAGAGAAAAUGUACAUCAUAUGGAUGAAAAUAGGUUGCGUGAUCAUGGUGGACCUGUCGAGAAAGUACGCCCCUGUACUAGUAGUGAACUGUCAGCAGAUGCAUCAGGGAAAGAGAAACACAGAUCUAAGGAGCAUUUGAAGGUCAACAAGAAUGAUGGAAAUGGAAAAGCUCAUAUUAUUUCUAAUGAUGGGGACCUCGAUAUGCAAAAAUAUGAUGCCAAGGAUGUGAGAAAGAGGCAACAUAAACAAGUUUCCAUCGAUUCUUUUGUUAAUGGGCAUCUUAAUCAUGAUAUCAUGGGCAUUAUAGAAGAAACGAAUGAGAACAACCAUAAAAUAGGGAAAAAGGCAAAGGUCUCCAAGUCAGAGGGGAAGGAAGAUCCUGGAUGUUCUGUUUCUCGACAGAGGGUUGAUGCUAUUGAACCUUUGGUAAAAGAUAUUGGAUCUCUACAACCCUCUAUAGCUGCUGCUUCAAGCUCUUCAAAAGUUUCAGGAUCUAACAAAAAUAAAGAUAUUCUCCAGGAAAUGAGAGGCUCACCAGUAGAAUCAGUUUCUUCUUCUCCGUUGAGGAUUUUGAAUCAUGAUAGGGCUAAAUUAACUAGAAGGAAUCCUGAGCUCAAAGAAGAUUCUGGAGAGGCUGGUCUUUUUCCUUCUGGCACUUUUAGAAGAAGUUCAGAUAGGCAAGAUAAAGGGAGAAGGGAACAUUUACUUGAUACACCAGGCAAGAAUAUGGAAUACUCUGGUGCUAGUAAAGCUAGAGUAUAUGUGGCACCUUCUCAGUUAGAAAAUUUCCAUAAUGCAGAUGGAUGCAAUGGUAGCUUAAGGCAAAAUACUCAAUAUCCUACCAAAUUGCAAACUACAGAUCAGUGGAAUGAUGAAGGGAAAAUAAAUGACAGUGACGGUCUCAGAGAUGCUUCACAUGGAAGGAAAUCGAGAAAGGGUUCCUUGUCUGGAUCUAAGGAGAAAGGUGGAGAUAGGAAGUCUGAACCUGAUAAGGGUAAGGACAAACUUUCUAAUUAUAGUAAAGAGUCUUUCGACAAUGCAUCUCCUUGUGAAGACAUAGGAAGGUCUGGAAAGUGUAGGGUUCUGGAGAAAUCUCGAAUUAGCUCUGAUAAAAUUGCCAAGGAUCUCGAGGAUAAAGUGACAAUUGAGAAGGCUAAAAGAGAACCCCAGUUGAAAUUGAAUGUCAAAGAAGAUGUUUUUUCCAGCCAAGACCAAAAACAGAAUCAACGAUUGGAUGGUGAUGGUGAAAAAUCUUCCAGAAAGUCUAUUUCUACGACAGAUCAGAUAGAAUCAUCAAGAAGAGAAAAGUCUAAAUCGUUACCACCUUCUGGAAGAAGUCAAAAUGAGGGUUUGAAGCUUGCUAAUGGCUCAUCAAUUGGUGCUUCCGAAGGUGGUUAUGCCGCGGUUAAACGAGCAAAACAUGUGAAAAGUUUGGAAAACCAGAAUGCUGAUCAGCCAACUAAGUCAAGAAAUCUUGCUAGCAAUGGUAAUAGAAUUCAGGAUGUGAAUGCCCCAAGCCCACUUAGAAAGGAUUCAUCUAGCCAAGCAGCCAACAGUGCCACUAAAGAGGCAACUAAUCUUAAACAUAUGGCAGAUCGUGUUAAGAACUCUGGGGAAAGUGGUGAAAGCACAAGUCUUUAUUUCCAGGCGGCCCUUAAGUUUCUUCGUGGAGCUUCUUUAUUUGAACUUAGCAGUUCUGAGACUUCCAAUCAAAGUGAACUGAAUCAGUCUAUGCAAAUGUAUAGUAGUACUGCAAAACUCUGCGAGUUUUGUGCGCAUGAAUAUGAGAAGUCCAAAGACAUGGCUGCUGCUGCAUUGGCAUACAAAUGCAUGGAAGUGGCCUAUAUGAGAGUAGUUUACAUGUCACAUAGCAGUGCAAGCAGGGCUCGACAAGAGUUGCAAACAACACUCCAUAUAGUUCCUGGCGAAUCUCCUUCUUCUUCAGUCUCUGAUGUUGAUAACUUAAACAACCCAGCAACUGCGGACAAGGUCCCAUUAACCAAAGGAGUUAGCUCUCCUCAAGUUGUUGGACACCAUGUUGUUACUGCAAGAAAUCGUCCUAGCUUCCAGCGACUGCUCAAUUUUGCACAGGAAGUAAAUUAUGGCAUGGAAGCCUCAAGGAAGUCACGAGCUGCUUUUGCAGCUGCAAAACCUAGAAACGAAGAGGUCCACCAAAAAGAGAGUCUAAGUUCUGUGAAGAGGGCUCUUGACUUUAGUUUCCAUGAUGUUGAAGGAUUUCUAUGUCUAGUACGACUAGCAAUGGAUGCUAUGAGUCGUUGAUGGUUUCAAGACAAGUUCACUAUUUUAUCUUUCAGAGAAAUAACUUUUAGUUUUUUGAACGGGUUUCUCUCCUCAAAGUUGAGUUUUUCCUUCAAGGAAAAAGAGGCGCCAAACAGAUGAUAACCUGAAUGCUUGGUGAAUUUUGUGAUCCAGAUGUUAAGGAAGAGACUCACCAAUUCUAAAACAAAUUUACCUUCAUAAUAACAGAUUUGGGUUCAAGGAAUAUCAAAUCCACUUGCAUAAUCUCUAUGGAGUUUUCCUUUUUAUGCAUAACGUUUCCCCCAUCUUGAGCACUUUGGAGAUGUUGAUUGGGACCCAUUUGAUUAUUAUUUAUUGGCCAAACCACCUUCUGAACUGAAUGGAGGAAGUUACUGAUUCAUUCUCUUGCGAGUUGACUGUACUCAGCUUAUGCUAUAUAUAGAGUUGAAGCACAUAUGAAGAAGGGUAUAGAUGAGUGGAGAAGAUUCAGGACUUAAAUUUGUUUGAGCUACAGUUGUACAUAUAAUCAUAUCCUUGAAGAUCUUGCUUAAUUCAUUCUUUUUAGAGGCAAAAGCUGAUUCAACCACCAAUUCCAAUGGCUUCUCCCAUGGCAUCUCAAGUUUUUUUUAAUAUAUUUUUAGGCAAUUUUUUGAAUAGGAUUAGUAAAAUUCUUACUCUACCAUUUUUACAUUUUACUAAGUAGUUACAUAUAGAUGAAGAUGCACUAUGAGAGGCAGAAUGAGGCAUGUAAAUACCACCUUACAACAUUUUACAUUUUGAUCUUGGGUAAUAAAAGCUACCUAGGUUCUUACUAAGUAAUAAAUACACAGUUAUGAUGUGUAAUAAUGUAAUUAAAUGAUCGACAAACAUUACUAAUCAUUGAACAAACUAAUAAUUCAUGCAAAGUGCAUUAGACUAUGGUUA